AUGUCCGCCGACAAGGAUAUGAAGGAGGUUGAGGAAGGCCCGAAGGAGUCGCGGUUCGGUGGCUGCGACUCCUGCUCCGGUGUCAGCUGCACCCCCGACGGCCUCAUCGGCUUGAACACCUACGACUGGAAGUACCUCUGCAUCCCGUCGCUGCCUUGCUUCGGGCCAGCGAAGUCGCCGCCGCUUCUGAAGCCGGACUCGAAGCUGCCCCUGAUGCUGUCGCUGAUCAUGGGAUUGCAGCACGCCCUGGCUAUGCUGGGAGGUAUCAUCACCCCACCGUCGUUGAUCUCCGGCGACGCCUGCUUUGCAUGGCAGCUGGAUCAGGAGCUCUGCGACUCCAAGCAGUACAUGAUCUCCGCAGCCUUGAUCUGCUCGGGCCUGCUGUCCCUAGUGCAGAUCCUUCGCUGGAAGCUGAUCGGAGGCUACACUUUGGGAACGGGCCUGAUCUCCGUGAUCGGCACGUCCUUCACCUUCCUGCCCAUCGCACGAGAGGUCGUGGUUUCCGAGAUCCAGGCUGGCCGAAGCGGAAUGGAUGCCUACGGCAAGUUCCUGGGAACCUGCUUGGCGGCCUCCGUGACAGAGCUCUUUAUCUCCUUCGUGCCGCCCCGCUACCUCAAGAAGAUCUUCCCACCUGUGGUCAGCGGUACCUGCGUCUGCCUCAUCGGUGCUGGCCUCUCGGUCGCUGGCCUCAAGUACUGGGGUGGCGGGGUCUUUUGCGCGGAGAACGACAUGUCCAGGGCCGCGGCCUUCGGCGCGCCCCAGGCCCCGAACGGAGACUCCGCAGAUUAA